UAAACCUCUUCCUAGAGGACUUGGAGCUAAAUCGCAAUCAGUCUGGUUAAAAUGGGAACACACGCACACGCUUUUCACUGGCUGAGCAUCACGCCUUUAAACUAAACUGGUGCACAACUGAAUGUACAUGGAUCCUGAAUCGCAGAGAGUUGUAGCCAGUGAGAUUGAGCUGCUCAGAGUCCAGCAUGCCCCCCAGGGACUCCAAGAGAGAGGCGAGACGGAGGAGCACUUUAACUGCAGUGGAGGUGUGGAGAAAGGCCCUGGGUCUAACCACACACUCAGGGAAUGUGCUUCCCGUCAAGUCCUAGUCCCAGCUGUCGUCCUAGCUGCAGCCGCAGUUUUUAUGUUGAUCGCCCUCAUCACUAUCGCUGCUCUAGCAGAACUUUUAAGAGUGGAAAAAUCCAAACCUCUGGCUGCUCCGGGCCCCCCUGCUGCGCCCUGCUGCCCAGAGGACUGGAUCGGGUACCGAGGGAAAUGCUACUAUUUCUCAGAGACUGACGGGAACUGGACCUACAGCCAGAGCCAGUGCUCUGCACUCAACGCCUCCCUGGCUGCGAUCGAGAGUGAGCAGGAAAAGGAUUUCCUGCUGCGCUAUAAGGGCUUCCUCGACCGUUGGAUCGGCCUCCAGAGGGAGCCAGGCCAGCCCUGGAGAUGGCCCAACGGCACCGAAUUCGACAACCGAUUUCCAAUAAGAGGAGGCGGCGACUGUGUUUUUCUGAUGGAUGAGGGCUGGUUCGGCAGCUCGCGGUGCAGAACAUGGAGACGCUGGAUCUGCAGCAAACCCGAUGCCCGUACAAUGGGGAAGGGAUGUGCUGUGGAGUCAAAACUUUGAGACUCUUAGGAACUAGGCUUGGAAAAGCUGUAUUGGGGAGACACCUUCCAUUACCUGUAGAUGAAGGAAGCUGCGUCUUUAUUCCUUACAGACUCUCCCCAGGGCUUCCCUAGUUUUUAUUCACCCAUUGGAAGGAGUGGGGGGAAGCAGAAAAGCUUUUCCAUCUCUUAACUUUGAACGAACCAUUCACCGAACUGAACUUGUUGAAUCAAUUGAAAAGAAGAAAAUAUUCUCUCUACACCUGCAGAAGAGGUUACUGUUCUUCAAAAGCUGGUUUAGCACUUCAGCAAACUCCGGUCAGAUCCUCAGUGAUUCAGGAGCCAAAUUAGAGAUCCGUGUGACCCAAAAGAACCACACUCAUGUGAAUCCAUUGUUUCAUUUCCUAUUAUAUAUCUGAUAUAUACACCGCCAUGUAGUCUCACAGCAACUGACCAAGUAUUCUUUUAUUUUAUGACUGUCCAGAUAUUAUUUUAUCAACUACAAUUGGUUAAUAACAUAGUAAAAUCAUCCUGAUUGGUUAAUAACUUAGCUUAGUUAAUAUUUAAAUCGCAGUGUUUUAAUAUCAAGUGCUUCAGGAGACACAUUAGAGAGCAACACUGCUAUAGGUUGGUGAUACAGGAAAGGCUGAAGGCAAGGGCAUGGCAGAGGGAUUUACCCGCUGAUGUCCCCAUGCUGGAGCCAGAGGGAGCUGAGGGCCAGGGGAGCAGUGGCAGGGCCGAUCUGCUAGAGAUGAAAGGUAACAGAACAGAGCGAGUGCUGGAUAUUUCUUGGGUGAGGAUGAACUCCUCGGGGAGAGGCUGCUGGGAAGACUGGGUUUGCACUCCAGCUGGGGUGUCUGACAUGGCAGAAGGACAGGAGCA